AGGCGAUGCGCCUCAGCAACUUCCAGCCGCCGCGGACCUGCAGCUCGGAUGAUCCUGAACAACUGAGGUCAUCUUCAUAGACAGGUAAUGGAUCCAGUUUGACUGUUACAACACCAUCCUGCCCUGCUGGCCCGUCUGACUCUGUAGCUAUGGCAACUUGUCCAAGAGGCUGCGCACCGGCGGUGCGUCUCUGUCAGAGACUGAACCGUCUCAAGACACUGGAUGAUGACAUGAUGGCCACGUCGCUGAAACGCUGCCUCUCCACCCUGGACCUGACUCUGCUGGGUGUUGGCGGCAUGGUGGGCUCUGGCCUUUAUGUCCUGACUGGGACAGUGGCUAAAGACAUGGUCGGGCCUGCUAUCAUCUUAUCUUUCAUUUUUGCAGGUUUUGCUUCUUUAUUGGCUGCGUUUUGUUAUGCAGAGUUUGGCGCACGGAUUCCCAAAACAGGAUCGGCCUACAUGUUUACCUACGUUUCCGUGGGAGAGGUCUGGGCGUUUCUCAUUGGUUGGAAUGUGAUUCUGGAGAACAUGAUUGGUGGAGCUGCUGUGGCACGUGCCUGGAGUGGCUAUCUGGACUCCAUUUUUAAUCAUGCGAUCCAGAACUACACAGAGACACACAUAAUGCAGUGGAACGUGCCCAUCCUUGCCCAUUACCCUGACCUACUCGCAGCAGGAAUCCUAGUCGUUGCCUCAUUCUUCAUUUCCUUUGGAGUUCAGGUGUCCUCUUACCUCAAUCACAUCUUCUCCGUCAUUAGUAUGGCUGUCAUCGUUUUCAUACUGGUGUUUGGCUUUGUCCUGGCGGAACCAGCCAACUGGAGCCAGAAAGAAGGAGGCUUUGCACCUUUCGGGUUGUCUGGAAUACUCGCAGGCUCGGCCACGUGCUUCUAUGCGUUUGUGGGCUUUGAUGUAAUCGCUUCAUCAAGUGAAGAGGCAAAGAAUCCACAGAAAGCAGUUCCCAUUGCCACUGCGAUCUCCCUGGCACUGGCAGCGACGGCUUAUAUCCUGGUCUCCACAGUGCUCACACUAAUGGUACCCUGGCAUACGCUGGACCCCAACUCAGCUCUGGCAGAUGCUUUCUUCCGCCGUGGUUACAGUUGGGCCGGAGUCAUUGUGGCAAUAGGUUCUAUCUGUGCGAUGAACACCGUGCUGCUCUGUAAUCUGUUCUCCCUCCCUCGGAUCGUAUAUGCCAUGGCAGAGGAUGGGUUGUUCUUUUCCUUUUUUGCACGUGUCAAUCCCAUCACCAAAGUCCCUGUCAAUGCAAUAUUGGUCUUUGGAGUCCUCAUGGCCAUCAUGGCUCUGAUCUUUGACCUGGAGGCCCUGGUUCAGUUCCUCUCCAUCGGCACUCUCCUGGCGUACACCUUUGUGGCAGCGAGCGUCAUUGUGCUACGUUUCCAGCCUGACAAAAGCAGCUCCAAGGGGACCGCGUCCACAUCUCCCAACCCCAAUGCCGAGCCUUCCCCGGCCCCUUCAGAGUCCCAGACCAUAACGGAGGACAGCGGGGAGCUGAAGCAGUACGAGUCCUUCUCUGACAAACUCCAGCUGGUGGAGCAGCAGAAGACGAGAGAGCGGCGAGGGGUGGGACAGCUGAAGGCCUUCUGGGAACCAUACCUAGGCCGGCUGCUUGGGGACUGUGAACCGGGCGAGACGGUGGCCUUUUGUGUGCUGACUCUGAUAGUGAGCUCAGUAUCCCUCUGCUCUGUGCUGGAGUUUGGUACCCAGCAGCUGCACCUUCCUGUCUGGAGCGUCACAACGCUGCUGGUGAUUUUUAGCAUUGCAUACGUCCUCAGCAUGGCGCUUAUAUGGAUUCAUGAGCCGCAAACCAACAGAAAAACAUUCCAGGUACCUCUGGUUCCAUUGACCCCAGGUGCCAGUAUCCUCAUCAAUGUGUUCCUCAUGAUGAAGCUCAGCCCUCUAACCUGGAUUCGCUUCACUGUGUGGAUUGCAAUAGGUCUCAUUGUGUAUUUCGGCUAUGGGAUCUGGCACAGUAAGGAGGGCAGGCGGGAGCUGCAGCCCAAAGACCUGGCCGCCCGCUACGUGGUGCUCCCAAGCGGCAGCCUGGUGGAAACCGUGCAGCCCGUCCAGCCUGACGGUCAGGUGGACAACCCGGCGCACCAAAUCAACGCCGCCUCCACCUCAGAGGAGUUCGCCGAAAAGAGAUGAUUUGUGACCAAAUAUAGUCAUCGUGACAACUGCCUGGUGUUAUCUGAUGUCUCCCACUGAAAAAGCUGUACUAUUACUAGUGUACUGUCUGUAUCUCACUCCCUGUUAGUGUGUGACUUGCCUUCCACAGUCUGUACUCAUUGCUCUGCAAAUGUAAGCAAACCACAGGAUGGGACGCACGCUCGCUGUCUCGUCCUGGUUGUGAAGCCUAAUUUGUAUAUCUUGUAACAUUCGAAUGUACAGUAGAGAACUUUAUCACUGUCCCGUGAACUUCUUGCAUCAAAUUUAUGUGACAUCCUCUUAGUCCAGCUCUCUACUCUCAACUCUGCCAGUUUGUCAGACUCCAUGUGCUUGCUCCAGGUUAUCUAUUGUGCUUUCUUUGUGACAAACUGUUCUUUUAGUUAUUUUGUAUUCUUACAUGAAUCUGGAGCUGGAAAAUCUACAUUCACCCAAAAUAUAAUUCUGUUGUUAACAGAACACACCAUUGGAGUUUUGAAGAAAUCAUCUCGAGAAUCAUAAGGAUCCAUUUGUUGCAUGUUUUUUUUAGUCAAGCAGAGGAAUGCACAGACUUUGGGGAAUUUAUGCCUUUUUCUCAAACUCUUACUUGUCCUCGAAGCCUCAGGAGAACCUUGAGGCUCUGUUUAUAGACUGCCCUACCUUUAGUGGUUUCUGACCUAUUUUCAUUAUAAUAUCUGAAUAUAUUCUGCAUAUUCAUUUUUUCUAUGAUUAUUAUCCCUUUUUUGCUCUCACACAGAUAUCAUUACUUUCACUUUUUGUGUUUCCUGUUCCUGUUUUGUGUCUGUGCUAAAUGAAUUAGCCCUAAAUAUGUUUUGCAUACCACGAUUAGUCUCCAUAAGUAAUGUGUUCACCUUUUAAUUGGCUGAGCCGCAUUUUAGUGCUUCACUGAAUCUAAAUCUCAUCCCAUGACCCUGUUUUUUCUUGUGUCACCGAUCUUGUGCAGGUUUUUCUCACGCACCUGUAGACAGCAUUCCUUCCCCCUCUCUCCCUGUUGGCAUGAGAUUAUGAUAUAUCAAAGCACAUAGAUUACUGAGUUUAAUAUAGUGUUAUAUUUUAUUAUAUGCUAUAUGACCAAUUUCCAGAGAUAAGUUGGAAAUUAUUGGACACAUGAGUCGAGCACAUGCCUACUGAAUGGGAUUCUUCAAACACAGGGUAAAAUUUAUGUCAGACACUGGUUAAAUUAAACCUGAGAUGGGCCCCUGUAAUCCCAGCAGAUUUGCAGCAGUCCCUGUCACCAGUCUGCAGCUUGACCCAGAUCAGAGAAAAGCACAUGUGUGAGAACAUCUCAUUCUACACCGAUAACAUUCCCACAGCCUACACGGUGUCAAUAAAUGAACGCGGGCAUUAAUUUUUUUAAUCAAAAACGUGAAUCUAGAUUCUGUUUCUCCUCUUUUGUUUUUAUUUGAGUUUGUAUUUGCAUGUGUUGCAUAAGAAACCAAUGGCCUUAAACAUGUAAUCAGUGCAGAAAGGCUUCCAAAGCUAAAGUAGUCUGUGAUAUUUAUUUGUGUGUUGCAUAAAACUCUUAUAACGGAAUUCACGCUUUCUUAUUAUUAAACCAAAACACAAACAUGGAAGCGGAUGUACACUAAGAGGCAUUUUUGCAUAGUUACAAAAAUAAUUUUGUACAAUUUUGCACACCAUUUUCUGGUAAAUUUGUCUCAGAGUUAUGCUUUUGAUGUUGGAGCUGGUGGCAAACAUUAAUACUGUGGUGCUUUUUUUAGCUGAAAGUUUUCUCACCUCUUUCUUUCGUCUUUUUUGUGCCAGGAAGCACAAUUACAAAUAAUCCAGUUCUUUCUUUUUUGGAAUAGUAUUGUAUUCUGUACUUUGACAUCAAGGUCUCAGAUCUUUUUCUGUUAUGUGUACGUCUGUAUAAAAUGCUAUGACUGUGUCAUCAAUUAAAAAAUAAAUGUUUUGAAGCAGCAUUUACAAAAAUCUGAAUUGUGGACAUAUCGUGUGUCGUUUCAAAGAAUCAAAUUUCAUACAUUUUGUAUUUUUUUUUUUUCUAAAUACUAUCAGAAGACUAUAACUCACAUAAGUCUUGAGUUGAUGUAACAUACAAUUCACAAAAAGAAGGAAAGGAAAACUAAAAAGGAAAAAGAUAUCAUCUGCUAAGGAGGAUAUGUUUUCUGUCUGGUUAUUGGUUCAGAUCGGGAUCAGGGGGCGGACACAUCGUCGUGUUUUUUUUCAACAGGGUGAGAUUUGUUGAUUUCCAUGAGAAAAAUUCAUAGAUCUUGAUGAGAAAUAUCUGUAAUAUUAAGGGGACCACUAUUUAUGAGUGUGUGAUAUUUGGUGCACAUUCAAAUAAACCAGUUCUAGUUAAUUUAAAUGUUGUUUUAUAGGGAGACUGUUGGUGAAGUAUGAGCUCUACCGAGAGCUAUUCAAUGUUCCUUUGU